AUGGGCCGCGCCGGGAACGGGCGCCCGGGCCGGGGGCCGCCGCUGCUGCUCCUGGCGGCCGCGCUGGUGCUGGCGGGGGCCGCGCCGGCGCGCGAGGCGGGCAGCGCCGUGGCCGUGGCCGUGGACGAGCCCGCACCGACCACCCCCGCGUGGGAGCCGCGAGCCAACGCCACGCGGGCGCCGGCGGGCCCGCCCGGAGCCGGGGCGGCGGAGGCCUGGGCGGCGGCGGCCGCGGGGGGCCCCGGGGCGGGGCCGGAGGAAGCGCUGGAGGCCUCGGCCGUGACGGGCACCGCCUGGGAGGCCGACGGCCCGGGCCUGGGCGCGGGGCCCGCGGAGGCGGGCAGCGGGGACCCGCAGGCCCCGCCCACCACGCCCCGGCCCCCCGGGCGGCCAUCCCUGCCGCCCGCCCCCCCUGAGGCCCCGGGCCCCGGCCCCGCGGAGGCCCCGGCGGAGGACCCGGCGGAGGAGUGGCUGGGCCUGGGCGUUCCCCCGGAGCCCGCGGCGCCGGAGCCCACGUCCCCGCCGCGGGGCCCCCCGGAGCGCCGCCCGCGGCCCGCGGUCCUGGACAUGGACGACCUGGAGGGGCCGGACGGCGAGGGGCCGGCGGAGCCGGACUUGGCGGCGGAGACGCCCUCCUGGAGCCUGCUGGACCUCUACGACGACUUCACCCCCUUCGACGAGUCCGACUUCUACCCGACCAUGUCCUUCUACGACGACGACGGGGACGGGGACGGGGACGGGGAGGGCGACGCGGAGGGCGACGCGGAGGGCGCGGACCCGGGGGGCCGGACCCGCCCCGCGCCCAGCGCGAAGCCCGGCCCCGGCACCGGGCCGCCCCCCGGCUGGUGGCACGCCGUCCCCCCGCGCCCCCCGGGCCCGGCCCCCGGCGGCGGCAUCGCCCUCCGGCCGCGCCCGGGGGAGCCGGCCCGGGACCCGGCCGCCGGCGGGAACGGCACCGCCUGCCGCAGCGGCUUCGUGCGGCACAACAGCUCCUGCCGCUCCGUGUGCGACCUGCUGCCCAGCUACUGCCACAACGGCGGCCAGUGCUACCAGGUGGAGGGCAUCGGCGCCCUCUGCAGGUGCAACACCCAGGACUACAUCUGGCACAAGGGCACACGCUGCGAGUCCGUCAUCACCGACUUCCAGGUGAUGUGUGUGGCCGUGGGCGCGGCCGCCCUGGUGCUGCUCCUGCUCUUCAUGAUGACCGUGUUCUUCGCCAAGAAACUCUACCUGCUCCGCACCGAGAACACCAAGCUGCGCCGGACCCACAAGUUCCGGACCCCGUCCGAGCUCCACAACGACAACUUCUCCCUGUCCACCAUCGCCGAGGGCUCGCACCCGAACGAUGACCCCAGCGCCCCCCACAAGAUCCCCGAGGUCCUCAAGUCCUGCCUGAAGGAGGAGGAGCCCUUCCUGGCCCAGAACUCCCUGUCGCCCAAGCUGGAGGGCGGCCGCGGAGACCCGGCCGAGCUGGAGGCCAACUGCCUGCAGAACAACCUGACCUGA